CCUCCUCAGUCUCCUUUGAGUCAUGGCCCCCAAUCUUCCUGUCCUGCUCCUGGUCCUGUGUGCUCUCAGCUUGGCUCAGGCCCAGCUUAGGCUUUUCAACCUUCGGGCCAGCAAACUUCCCUCUGACCUGUUUGGAACCACAGACGGUUAUGUGAAGGUGUUCUGUGGUGCAGCCACCCUGGGUAAGACUUCUGUUCGUAAAGACACAGUCAACCCUUGGUGGGAAGAGGAGUUUGCCCACUUCCAGGCUCAAGAGAAUGAAGUUCUGAGGCUUGAAGUGUAUGACAGUGACCUUGUCUUUGAUGAUCUGUUGGGGGUGUGCCAGCGUCAGAUGCAGCUGGGAACCCAUCAACAUGACUGCUAUCUAGAAAAAGGCGGCACACUUCACUAUUCCUACACCCUUGGACAAGAAAGCCAGUAGGGUUGUGUAGAUCUACAUAACAUACUGGUGUGACACAGUCGACAUCCAUUAUUCCCACUCUUUAUAUUGAUGUAUGUGAUUUUGGCUCAGUGAUUCCAUAUCUUAGAUCCAGUAUUAAUAUAAAAUCCAAAUAAGAAUAAUCUUUAUUUGGCCAUGAUUGUGUGCACAAGCAAAGAAUUUGAUGUCAGUUACAGCACUCACAGCAUGCAGACAUUUGGUAUAAAUGUAUGACUAGAUUGUUAAAAUGUUUGACCAUUUUAAUACUACAAAUAAACCAUUACAGCAACAAAA